UUCGCGGAGAGGCUCGCUCUCGAGAGCCAUCAUAAGCCAUUUUGAUGCAUCAUUAUUACAGCAGCUGUGCGAGGAUAUCGUUCACCCGUGUGUCGCCGCUAAAUGUCAAUCUUCUAGCCUCGCGGAGCAAAGUAGUGUCGCGCGAAAGCGCGAGUCGCGCGUCUACAGGACGGACAGUUCGCGAAUCCUGACUGACAGCUCGCGAACGGAUUUUUCGGAUUCUCGAUUGCGAGCUACUAAAAAUAAUGAUGGCACAUGAUACUGCAAUAAAAACUUUUCGGAAGUGAAUUUCUGGAGUCUGUAGAGAAUUUCGAAUGCAAAAAAAAUUCUUGCAAGAGAUUCUAAUAAUGCUUUAUAGUAAUAAGACAUUGGAUGAGUUGGCUGCAUAAGGACACUUCUUAAAAUGUACAAUUGUCUGGAUUAUAUCUGCAAUCUUAUUUAAUGUGUAUAUCCUCUAUUGUACACAUGCAGUUUAAAUGAGACAAAAUGAAUAAUGAAAAUAUAGAUAAUGAGCUGCCUCUUCAGGCCAUUGAAGAUGCGGAUCCUGCUUCGAUGCAAGCUGUAUUCCUAGAUACAAAUGCACCAUGCGUGGAUGUAUGGACAGAGAAGAUGAACAAAGGGAUGCUGACAAGCAUCAAUUUCAGAGAAUAUUGGCGAAUUUGGGUGCCAAAGAUAUACAGUCCGGAGCGUAAUGGUAAUUGUUUGGAAUGGAUUAUCGACGAAGAGACGGCGCAAAGAAUGUUGCUCAAGCCUCUGGAAGAAUUCAUGUGCGGCGGCGAUCCGCAGAUAGUUUUGAAGGAGCUUAGCAAGAUGGACAAUCCGCCAUCAAUAUGUGGCAGAAUGUUUAAAAUCGGUGAACCGACCUAUAGCUGCAGGCAAUGCGGUAUGGACUCAACUUGCGUUCUGUGCGUAGACUGUUUCAAACAAUCUGCUCAUCGGAAUCACAAAUAUAAAAUGGGCACGUCCAGUGGUGGCGGAUGCUGCGAUUGCGGCGACACAGAAGCUUGGAAAAGCGAGCCGUUUUGCAAGAUACACUUAGCAGGAACCCAGUCGAAGGAUUCACGUGGCAACAAGCUGCCCGGUGAUAUAGCGGAGAGAGCGGUGAUGAUUUUCGAAGCGGUGCUGGAGUAUUGUUACGAAUUGUUGACCCUAAACCCUCACAUCGUUUCGCUACCCAGGAGUCUCUGCAUCAGAGACCCAAAGUUUUACUCGGAGAAGGAGAAUCUAUUGGACUUUUUCAACAAUUUUUGCACCGUACUCUUCAACGAUGAGCAUCAUACGUUCGAUCAAGUGAUAAAUAUGCUUCAACGCGUUAUUAAAUGCUCGCACAAGGAGGCUGUAGAGUUCGUAACUAACGUUGAUAGAGAAGGUAGGGCUGUGGUGAAAUGUGCGAUGUUUGGACAGUGCAGCGAACUGCGUGACGAUGUUAAAAGAUUCACAUACAGACACAGUAAUCAAUCGCUUAAGGUACUGGUCCUUCACACUCAUCUAGUGGCUCAUCAGACGUUCGCCAUGAGACUGCUCAAUUGGCUGCAACAGUUUAUAAGCCAUUGCGAGGGCUUUCGCGUACUGUUCAGCAAUAUCGCGCUCAAUACGAAGCUACCCGAAACUUCGAUCGUCGAGGGUAUACUUAUGAGAGAUUCGCAGCUAUGGAAAUCUGCCAGAACGGCUUGGCAUAGGUUAUUUAUAUCUGGAAUGCUCAUGGAGUACGAAAGUAAGAAGGCGCUCGCCAUUGUAUUCAUCAUCAAGUAUGGCUCUGUCAUGAAGGAUUUUAUCAUGGACGAUCACGAUCAUGCGUUCUCCAUCGUUUCGCUCUCCGUUCAACUGUUUACGGUGCCGACUCUGGCACAUUUGCUCAUCGCUCAUCACGACGCCCUGCUUAUCUUACUAAACACCUUUAUCUCCGAGUGCUCUCAACGUCUUAACAGCGCUGGGAAAUUGGAGUUUGAGAGAAACAUGCCGCACCAGGCUUUCAAGCGAGCUCAAUAUAUACUCUAUGACUUGCGAUAUUUACUGAGUGCGAAGCCGGACGAGUGGACGGAUAAAUUGAGAACAAGUUUUUUACAGGGGUUUGAUAAAUUGCUGGAGCUCUUCUGCAGCAUGCAAUGCAUGGACGCCGUGCUUCGACAAGUCGGUCAGCAUAUGGAGUACGAACCAGAAUGGGAAUCCGCAUUUAAUCUGCAUAUCAAACUUUCGCCAGUCAUCACUCUGGCCUUGGAAUGGUGCGUCGACAGAGUAGUCCUGAUCAAAUCUUUCAUAUCGCUCUUGGGCAAACUGUACGACCAGCUCAGAAAUAAACCAAGCCAGGUGCGAGAAUUGGCUGAUCAUAGCGCUACGUGUCUGCAAUACGACGUAUCCUCUGAACCAGUUUCUAUUCAUUUGCCACUCUCGAGAUUUCUGGCCGGUCUAUUCCUGCAUUUGGAAAAAUACAAUCUACACUUUCAAUCGUCCGAGUUUAUCAAUAUACUGAAACCAACGCUCGAACAAAUUAUCGAGCCCGUACUGACGGCACAGGCCAUGAUCUCACAGGUACACUCGGGAAUGUGGCGACGAAACGGUUACUCCUUGCUAAAUCAAUUGUAUUUUUAUCACAACGUCAAGUGCCGUAGUGAAAUGCUGGAUCGGGACAUUAUUUUGCUGCAAGUCGGCGCGUCUCUGAUAGAAAGUAACGAAUUCCUGAUUCACAUCUUAAACAAAUUCAAUCUUCUCAACUGGGCGCAGCCGGAUUUUGAGGUGAACGCCUUGAAGAAUCCGGAAGAGGAUAGUAUGCGGCAGACAAUCAAUCUGGUAGAGGAGUUCCUGGGUUUACUCAUUACGAUCAUCGGCGAGCGACACGUUCCCGGUGUCGGUCAAGUGACUGCGGACGAUCGUCUCAAGAAGGAGAUCAUCCAGCAGUUGUGCAUAAAACCACUUUCGCAUUCAGAGCUGAAUAAAACGUUACCGGAAGAUGUUAUUCAUCAUGUCCAAACCGAUGUAGAGAGGGUGAUACACGAGGUAGCGGAGUUUAAAAAACCAGCGCAGAUAUCGGCAGGGAAAGGCGUAUACGAGUUGAAGUCGCACUUGUACACGGAGUACAACGUGUUCUUCUAUCACUACACGAAGGAGGAGCACAGUAAAUCCGAGGAAGUUCAACGUAAACGCAGGAAAGCUCAGGGAGAACUGGAGUGCUGUCCACCACCGAAGCUGCCCAGAUUGACGGAGUCCUUCAGUAUGGUGGCAGAUCUACUGCAGUGCGAUGUUAUGCUUCACAUUAUGCAAACCGUGCUGGAACGCGCGCUUAAUUUCAUAGCCAGGAGCUUCUCUGAACCGCAGGUACACAAGAUACUUCAUCUGAUCGGUUACGCGCUGCAAGAACAAGAAUCUGGCUAUUAUCCUUUCCUCGCAUUUUCCGAACGAGCGGUCAAAUGGAAGAUUUAUAAGCUGCUAGAAGAUCUAUCCACCAGUCCACGCAUGGAGGCUCACAAGGACUUGCUCACAUGGGUUUUGGCUAAGUAUCGUAAGGUGGCCAGUUUGUCUGUUACAGAACCUAAUCCAACAUCUUCGCACACCGAACAACAACCGAUGCAGCAAACAAGCGAUGCCGACAGUAGCACUAGGGAAACGGACAAAGAGUGGCGAACAAAAAUGGCAGCUCAGAAACGCGCCAAGAUCAUGGCGCAGAUGGCAGCUAUGCAGAAGCACUUCAUGAAGAAGAACGCUACCCUGUUCGAGGAGGCGAAUCUGGACGCCAAUAGCAAAACUAGUGAUCGUGGCUCUGCUAUGGAUCUAACAGAAUCAUCCUCUCAAGAGAAGAUUACACCGGUCGCCCUCGGAAUCGGUCAGACUACCAGGAUAGCCGAGCAGAAGACGUACACGUGCAUAUUGUGUCAGGAGGAUCAGGUAGUGACGUCAGCUGAUCCGGCAAUGGUAUUGGCCGCGUUUGUUCAGCAGUCCACUGUAUUGUGUCAGCGUCGACCAGAUCUUCAGGAACUCGAUCCGUUGUACCUGUCGGCCAAAUUGGGCGCGUCGCCGUACACUAGUACAUGCGGCCACGUGAUGCAUGCCCGCUGCUGGCAGGAUUAUUUCGACAACGUCCUCGUCAAGGAGAACCGGCGGCCUUACAGAACGCGGGCACCGGCGAGCUUCGAUGCGGAGAAUCACGAGUAUCUCUGUCCACUGUGCGAAUGUCUCAGCAAUACCGUUCUCCUGCUUGUGCCGCCCUUGAAGAUGCUACAACCAACCCCGGAACCGCAGCCGGAUAUUAGUUUCGAGACGUGGUUGAAAGUGAUGGCGCUGACGAUGGAGUGCAAACCGAAUAGGAAGUUCGGCAGAAUCAUGGAGACAGACGAGGACGGGCUGGAGGACGAGAAGAUCAUCAACCCUAUGACCGUCCUUCGACAAGAAGUCGAGGAAGCUUGGGAGCCGUUCGAAUUUCAGUAUUCGCGAUCCGGGCCGCUUCUCGCACGAAAAAUGGAGACGAUGAUCCACAUGUACGCCACGCUCUUCGCGCAAGCCACGUACUUGAAGGGAUUCGGAGGUUUCGACGGUGAUCCAAAGGUGCCUUUGUUAGCUUGGAAGUCGACGGCUUACACGAUCCAUGCGAUCGAGUUCCUGCUGCGCGACAUGGACAAACCUUUAUUGGGCGCCAUGACCUCCCGACAGGGCGAUAGUCUCGAGAGCCUCGUGCGAUUGUCGGCUCUCCUGGGCGCGAGUCUGUCGAAUCGCGCAAAUAUCUGGUCGGAUCGCGAACAGAUCGUGAAUUACGGGGUGUCGUUGCUCACGAUAUUAAUGGAGAAUCCGUCCAGCGGUCCAAGCAUCUUCGACAUUGAUCCGUUCGGCGUGCUAGUGCCGCUCGUCAACUCACUACCGAGUGUCUUUCAUACGAAGGCACACGAGGCGGGUCCGAAUCCGCCACCCAUCAUCACGGGCUGCGUGUUCGAGUCGCACGCGCUUAAGCUCGUGUUCCUGUGUCACAUCGCGAAGAUCCUCUUCACGUCCGACGUGUCGAACAUGAUGGAAGUGGAUAGCCAAGACGCCGAGGCCGAUACGGACAUCGCCCUGUUCCACAUCUUGGACUUGCACUUGGACAAACAGAGAGCCAGCAACGUGUGGCGACGUGUGGAGUCUGCUUGCCGGCCUUUCCUCCGAUGUUGCGCCAUUUACUUUCAUUACGUGUCCGACGUCCCGCCGCCGACCGAGCUUACGGAGACGCACGGCGACACGUACGAGAAACUCUGUCUGUAUUUAGGACUGCCCGCUACUUGCGACGCUUUAAUCUAUUCCCAUCUAGAUGUUACCAUGAAACUGAUAGACGUGUGGCGAAAUCACCCUACCGUGUGGAAUUAUCGCACGGGAACCAAGAAGAUACCGAUCGUCAAGGAUCCGCUGAUGGUGAACAAGCUGGUGGACCUUCCCGACGACUACAGCGAGCUCAUCAAUUCGAUAUCCCAGUUCACCUGCCCGAAUAGCGAUCGGGAGGACUCGCGCAAUCCGACGAUGUGCUUGGUAUGCGGCGAGAUGCUCUGCUCUCAGAGCUACUGCUGUCAAACGGAGCUCAACAAGAUCUCGGUAGGUGCGUGCACGUAUCACGCGAGUAAGUGCGGCUACGGCAUCGGGAUAUUUCUGCGCGUACGCGAAUGCGAGAUUCUGUUCCUGCGCACGCCGAAUCGCGGCUCCUUCGUGUGUCCGCCGUACCUGGACGAAUACGGCGAGACGGAUCAGGGUCUGCGACGGGGUAAUCCGUUGCAUCUGUGCCACGAGAAGUAUCGAAGAUUGAACCACAUAUGGCUCGGUCAUGGACUCCACGAAUCCGUGGCCAGGGCCAUCGAGCAGUCCUCGAACAGUCUUAUGCCGACCCAGUGGCAACAUCUAUAACUCUAUUUCGUGGGAUCUCCCCCACGUCUAAUCUGACCCGGAUUUUUAAGCUGAAGAAGAAAAGGAAGGAUGAGGAAAUUAUUUGAUUCUCUCUUACGCUUCGCAUACGAAAGCUAUGAACUUUUUUCGGAGAGAUGUGUGUGCGCGCGCAAAGGCUGCUUGUAAUAUUUAAAAAACGGUAUUACGGUGUUAUAUCAUGUUUUAUCUCUCAUCCUCUGUUCGGCUCUCUCUCUCUCUUCUCUUCACCACGUAGUGCGAACGCUAUUUUAUAAAUUAUUUCAGAGAGUUUACAAAAUUUAUAUUAGAUUGUUUUUCAGAAUUAACAAAAAUGUCUAUAUAUAU